AUGAGCAGCCUGGCCGAGCUCCGCGAGGGCUACGAGCGCUUCGACCCCCGCGCGUACCUGCGCAACAAUUACCUCCCCCCCCGCGCAGACUUCUCCUCCGAGGAGUUCGUGGUGCCCUGGAAGCUGCGAUGCCUCGCAGACACCUUCGCUAGCGGUGAGAUUCGGGGCCGGACCCUGAUCGAUGUGGGCUCGGGCCCCACCAUCUACCAACUGCUGAGCGCCUGCGACCACUUCGAGGAGAUCGUGGCCACCGACUACCUGGCGGUGAACAGGGAGGAGCUGGGCCGGUGGGUGCGGGCGGACCCCGCAGCCUUCGACUGGAGCCCCUUCAUCCAGCACGUCUGCAAGAUCGAGGGCCGCGGGGAGCCGUGGCAGGACAAGGAGCGCCGGCUGCGGGAUCGCCUGCGCCGGAUCCUGCCCAUCGACGUGCACCGGCCGGACCCGCUGGGGGCCCCCCUGGACCCCCCGGCCGACGCGCUGCUCUCGGCCUUCUGCCUGGAGGCCGUGAGCCCCGACCGCGCCGCCUUCGCGCGGGCGCUGCUGCACGUGGGGUCCCUGCUGCGCCCGGGGGGCCACGCGCUGCUCCUGGGGGCGCUGGGCGAGUCCUUCUACCUGGCGGGGCCGGCGCGGCUGCCGGUGGUGCCGCUGGCCUUGGCCGACGUGCGGGCGGCGCUGGCGGGCGCGGGGCUGGCGCUGCGGGAGCUGCGCAGUUACGAGAUGCCCCCGGCCCUGCGCACCGGCGUGGACGACGUGCACGGCGUCUUCUUCGCCCACGCCCAGAAACCCCCCCAGCGCUGA